CCCACCAUCCCCGGGGGAGGUCAAAGGGUGCUGCGUACGACAAAGCCGUAUUCCGCGGCGGUGCUGUAGCUGUCAGCGUGCCUGUAUGGGGACUGACAUAUAAGAGAUCACGUAGAUUGAUCGGUAUAAGGACCAUGCUGUACCUGAUCGGCCUGGGGCUGGGGGACGCCAAGGAUGUGACGGUGCGGGGCCUGGAGGUGAUCAGGAGCUGCUCCCGGGUCUACCUGGAGGCUUAUACCUCCAUACUGUCCGUGGGCAAAGAGGCUUUGGAGGAAUUCUAUGGCCGGGAGCUCAUCCUCGCCGACCGGGAGACCGUGGAACAAGAAGCUGAUGAAAUCCUCCGAGAUUCCGCCGUUAGUGACGUCGCCUUUUUGGUGGUUGGUGAUCCGUUUGGGGCAACAACACACAGCGACCUGGUCCUACGAGCUGCCAAAGCCGGAAUCCAGCAUCGGGUCAUUCACAAUGCAUCUAUACUGAGCGCCAUUGGCUGCUGUGGCCUUCAGCUUUAUAAUUUUGGGGAGACCGCCUCCAUUGUCUUCUGGACCGACACGUGGAAACCAGAGAGCUUCUAUGACAAAAUCAGGAGGAACCGGAUGAACGGAUUGCACACUCUUUGCCUAUUAGACAUAAAGGUGAAGGAGCAGUCCAUAGAGAACCUCAUGAAAGGGAAGAAGGUCUUCGAGCCUCCACGUUACAUGACUGUUAAUCAAGCGGCGGAGCAGCUCCUGCAGAUCGUACAGAACAGGAGGGAGCUGGGAGAGGAGCUGGCUCUGACCGAGAACACAAUCUGCGCGGGACUGGCCCGGGUCGGGGCUUCUGACCAACAUAUAGCAGCGGGCACUCUGCAGCAGCUCAGCACUGUUGACUUUGGGGGUCCUCUUCAUUCCCUGGUGAUAAGCGGCUGUAUGCACCCCCUAGAACUGGAUAUGCUCAGACUGUUUGCUGUGGAGCCCUCGAGCUUCGAUCAGAUCAACGUGGAGGACAGCUCGACAUAUCUGUCAUCAUAGACGACGUGUGAACCUUCUGCACCACUCACUGCAGACGCAACUACCCAGUGCUGUGUGUCCCGUUGUGUUACUGUGCCACUCUCACUAGUGAUAUAGUCGUAUACUAGGGAUGCACCAAUAUAUAUAUACCAAAUGUAAAAACUGAGAAAAUAGGGGCAAGGUACACCGAAUCACUCUAUAUCAGUGCUUCCCAACCAGUGUGCCUCCAGCUGUUGCAAAACUACAACUCCCAGCAUGCCCGGACAGCCAUCGGCUGUCCGGGCAUGCUGGGAGUUGUAGUUUUGCAACAGCUGGAGGCAGAUGGCUAACCGGGCAUGCUGAAAGUUGUAGUUUUGCAACAGCUGGAGGCUGAUGGCUGUCCGGCCAUGCUGGGAGUUGUACUUUUACAACAGCUGGAGGCUCACUCGUUGGGAAACCCUGCUCUAUAUGCUGCAUGGUUAUUCCUCCGAGCGGCUGGCUUUAGGAAAAUACAAGAUUUUGGUGCAUCCGUAGUAUAAGCCCAAGCACUUUACUAUAAACUCGACCCACCAUGUCCGUGCUUCACUGCCCCUCCACCCCACUGGUAUUAUUAUUUAUUUGGAAACACAGGGAUUUUCCAGGAAAGUGUGUUCUUAUGCUCGAAAUCAAUAAAGCAAUGAUGUUUUAAAUAGUA